AUGUCGAAUAUUAAUUUAUUUGAUAGACCUGCUUCUGGUCCACGUCCUUUGAUCGAAUUUAGAGCUGGUAAAAUGACCAAGGAAGGGAAUACAGUGAAAGCAGAUACAAGAAAAGGCAAAAUAGCCUUGAUUAUUGAUCCCGAAGAUGGUCUUUUACAUUUCCAAUGGAGAGAUAGAAGUGAUAAGGUUAUUGAUGAUUCAAUUGUAUUUCAAGGAGAUGUUACUUUCUCUAGAGUUAAGAAAGUAACGGAUGGCCGAGUUUAUUUGUUGAAAUUUACAUCAGGAAGAGAACUCUUCUAUUGGAUGCAAGAACCAAAAACCGAUAAAGACGAUGAAUAUGAAAGAAAGAUUAAUGAAUAUAUUGAAAAUCCACCAAUGGAAGGAAUGAAUGAUGAAGACAUACCACCUCAACCAACCGCUACGACCACACCUUCGGAAACAUCAACACCACCCCAACAGAAUGCUGUUCAACUGGAUCAAUUGUCAAGAAUUAUUCAAGGAAUUAAUCCAACAGCUCCGACUAGCGGACAGACACAACAAGCCUCUGCUACUACUCCAUCUCAGCAAUCUUCAUCAUCGCAACAAUCUCAAGGUUCUCAAAAUACAGAAGCCUCUCUUCAAGAGUUAUUGAGAAAUUUCCAAGAACAUCAACGUGAAAGAAAACAAACCAUUGCACUGGAGCAUGUCCUUCAAUCCGAUGCCAUUAAUGAAAUCAUCAAAAGACACCCAUCCAUUUUAAAUAGAGAUGAACUAUUUGCCAAUCUUCCUGAGGGUGACGAUGACAGAAGUGCACAAACACUAUUAAGCCAUAUAAGAAGUCCUCAAUUCCGUCAAACUUUAGAUGUGUUCGGGAGUGCAAUGAGUACAGGUCAGUUGAGUGGGUUGAUGAGAGAUUUCGGUUUAGAUCCAUCUGUGGCAGAUCCAUUUAGAGGAGGAGGCCUUUUAUCAUUCCUAACUGCUUUAGCCAAGAAAGAAGAAAAGAAAGAAGGUGACAAAAUGGAGGAUGAGAACCAAGAAGGAAAACAAUAG